AUGAACUCGGUGUGUAUCUCUAGCUGCAUCAACGACACACGUGACACGCGCGUGCCAGUUCGUGCCACGUACGUGAACCUAUACAAGUGGCCUGAGUCCGACGCCGAGUUCGUACGUUCCGUUCGCCGUGGAGGCGGCGCACCAGCGGCUCGCGUGGUGGAUAGCAUCUCUUGCCGGCAGAUGUAUCUCCGGAGCUAUACGUUCUCUCGGGAAGACGACGAUAAGAGCAAAUCGGCAAAGGUGACGUCACCGACGACGUCGUGUCUAGGGAGGGUUAAGGAAACGGCGUCGUUUCGGUGGGUGAAUAAGGAGGAAAGUGACGUCAUCGUCGUUGAUGAGAGGAUGAAACGGCGUCGUCGUGGUGAGAAGAGGAGAGUUCGAAGGAAGAAGAGACAAGAACAAGCUUGUUCUGUUAUGUUCAGGUUUUUUCGAAGGUUACUGUCUUGUACUGCUUCUAUUGAUGUUGUUGAUCCAUACUAA